UUUCAUUUUUCUUCCUUCCUGUGGAUUCCCAAUGUCACCUAGCAAAAGCUCUUCUGUUGGGAGUACAGGGUGAUUUGAAUUCCAGAAUUCAGGCACUGACCGGGUACCCAGUUUCAAAGGAACCGGUUCGCACAUCUCUAGUUCCAAGGCCGGUGGGGAAGAACAUUGAUUCAGCUGUUUUCUUGUGGGACGAGUCAAGUGACAAUAACAAAGAAGACAUCAGUUUGAUGUGUCAAAUGAUAUUUUCAUAACAGUUUUGCAAAUGGAAGCUAUUACUUUUAUUAUUUGUGUGUUUUAUUUCUUAUUUGGUUUUCAUGAUGUUUUCAGGAGAGUGGUUGGUGAGUCAGGACUAAGUCGAACCUUGCUGGUGUGAAAUCUAUUUAAAAAAAAAAGCAAGCCUCUGGAUCAUGGAUAUUGUCUGGUUACAGUUCUGUUGUGGGGAGUUUGGAAUCCAUGACUGAUGAGACCUGUGUUAAGUAGACUAUUUAGUUUUAGUGCUUCAUCUCCGAAAUCCAUUUAAAAUACACGACCGUCAAACCAAGAAAAAUAUAUUGUUAGUCUCUAUAUUGUAUGUAGCUUUGUUAUGGCUCAGGUAGGCAAACUUUUUUUUUUUUUCUUCUAAUAUACACUGCAGAAUAGAUGCAAUAAUAUGUCAAUGUGUUUGUCGCAGCUGUACAACAAAAUGCCCAUAAAUUGUACAGAACAGAGCAUUGUACUGUUAAAAUAAUUGUACCCCAAAAAACUGCACCUCCCAUAGAUUUUUAUUGUAUUCCUGUUGCAGUGUUGUAGGACGAUGUCAUUGUGGAGGUAUUACGAAACCAUAAACCAAAAAACUGUUGGACUGUGGUCAAUAACUUGUAAUUGUUUUGUUUCUGAUUAAUUUCAUAAUGGUAUUUUUUGUGGAACGUUUUUAUAAGUUAUUUUCUUCCUAAUAGAUUUUGAUGCAAAGGUGAGGCGAACAAAAACAAGCAUGGUGUGUAGAGUAAUGUACAAUAUCAUAAUGCAGGACAGCCUGAGCCCAACAGGGAAUCAACAAAUGCCUUAAUAUAACUCAACAGUUUACUGAUUAUUAAACUGAUUCUUCAGUCAAACUUGGCUGGGAUCUUACAGAAUCCAAAGUACAGUACAAGAUGACAACAGAAACAAAACCAACGAAAAGAAAGAAAAGAAAAUGGUGAUCCAGAAACCAAAUGGCACAGUGGAAUAUAUCGCAAAAUCCCAGGACACUCUCAAUUGCAUUGCCUUGAAAUUUAACAUCACCCCAAAUAAACUAGUAGAAAUCAACAGGCUCUUCUCACACACCAUCGUCCCAGGGCAGAAACUUUAUGUCCCUGUUGUGGACCAUGAUUCCAAAAGAGCCUGUUCUCUCAGCUCAGAUAGCCCUACUUCCCCAGUGUCCUCCUCUGACACAGAGUAUGAUAAACUACUGGACGCAGAAUUAGCCAGAAACUCUUCAAAGCCCAUCCAGAGAGUCCUAUCGUCGGCUUCUGAAGAGGAGGAGCCGGAGACUGUCAAAUUUUUAAAAAUGAGUUGCAGAUAUAUCACAGACGGAAAGGGAGUGGUCGGUGGAGUUAUGAUCGUCACUCCAAACAACAUUAUGUUUGACCCUCAUAAAUCAGACCCACUGGUGAUCGAGAAUGGCUGUGAAGAGUAUGGUCUCAUCUGCCCCAUGGAGGAGGUGCUUUCCAUUGCCUUGUACAAUGACAUCUCGCACAUGAAGAUCAAAGAUGCUCUACCAUCCGACCUACCAAAGGAUCUUUGUCCCCUGUACAGGCCUGGAGAGUGGGAAGAUCUCUCUUGUGAUCAGGAUAUCAAUCCUUUUAGUCGAUUCCAGGCCAAAAGUAAAGAGAAACAUCAAAUGAACAUUAGCGUCACUACAGACUUGGACAGUGCAAAGAAGUCUCACUCAGAUGAAGGCCUCACAGAGCUAGAACCACCUUCAGCCCCAAUCACAGAUACAUCGCAAAGUGGGAAAGAAACUAACAGCAUUCCUAUUGACAUCAUUAAUGGGACUGAUGCAAAUAAAAUUACAAAGCAGCUGGGACAUGGUGCAAUAGAAAAAGAGCAGCCCGUUACAGCAUUAGCGUCGGUUCAGGACUUGUCUGUAAAUCCUGCAGCUGCAGGACAGGUGGGAUUGAGAGAUAAGACUGGUUUAGUAAAUGAAAACUCUAAGAACGUUGCUCAGGAAACACCCGUUCAUAAAUCUUCCACAGACAUUCCGAGAGAGGACGAGCAGACUUCACUGAAGGGAAAGGAACGGCCUGGGCAAGGAAAGCAAGCUCAGGGUUCUCCUUCAAUAACAAAAACCUCCAAAGUUAAUUCCAUUGACACUAAGAUGCUUGAAAUUGGUGAUAACAACACAUGCACAGAUACAUUUGCAAAGGAAACCACUGUCACAGAGAAAUCUGCUGAUAUAAGUGAGGCAGGGGCGCACCAGAAUGCCUUGUCUCAUGUACUGAAUGUAAAGGGACCACUGUCACAAUCCUCAGAAAAAAAUAAUCAGCAAGACAAUGAAUCAGAAUUGAAAUCCAUGCUGCUUAAAAAGAUACAGGGACCAAUUGAGGAUAUGCUGCCAUCAAAAGAAGAGAAAAGCAAGACGCCCCCGAUGUUCUUGUCCAUCAAGGUGGGCAAACCUAUGAGGAAGACCUUUGCAAAUAAGAGCACAGCUCCAUUGCAGCAGUAUGCAAGGAGAGGGAAGCAGCCCGAGUAUUGGUUUGCUGUUCCCCAGGAAAGGGUGGAUCACCUGUAUGCCGCCUUUGUGCAAUGGUCACCGGAGGUCUAUGGCAAAGAUGCCAAGGAGCAAGGCUUCGUCGUUGUGGAGAAGGAAGAGCUUAAUAUGAUUGACAACUUCUUCAGUGAUACAGUUCCCAAAAGCUGGGAGAUCAUCACUAUCGAUGAGGCGAGAAGACGGCAGAGCUUUGGCAGUUUGGAGGACGAAGUAUUGGAAGACCUGCUGCCUGUCCUGAAGGAUCAUAGUGUGCUCUUAGAAGAUCCACACAUCGAAAAGCUGGCACAGUAUCUACCUGCCAGGACUCAGGGGUAUCCAUGGAGACUGGCAUACAGUACAGCAGUGCAUGGAACCAGCUUGAAAACCCUGUACCGCAACAUGGCAGAUCUGGACAGUCCUGUGCUUCUGGUUAUUAAAGAUAUGGACAAUCAGGUCUUUGGGGCAUUAACAUCGCAUCCUUUUAAAGUUAGUGAUCACUGUUAUGGCACCGGGGAGACCUUUUUCUACUCUUUUAACCCUGAGUUUAAGGUCUUCCGAUGGAGUGGAGAAAAUUCUUACUUCAUCAAAGGAAAUAUAGAUUCUCUACAACUGGGAGGUGGAGGAGGAUAUUUUGGUUUGUGGCUGGACUCAGACUUGUAUCACGGCUCCAGCUACCCCUGUGAAACCUUCAGCAAUGAACCUCUAUCAAAGAAAGAGGACUUCAUUGUCCAGGACCUUGAAGUGUGGGCCUUUGAAUAAACAAGCAAAGAAAACCACUGGAUGAACUGCCUUAGUUAUGUACAUGGUUUACAUGAAAGGGACCACUCAACAUUUGAGUGCACUGGUUGAUUGUAAUCCCCAAUGCUGGCUGCCUUAGACCCCAAACGCAGUGCUUGUAAGCUCUGUCUGUGCCACAGCAUGCUGGCAAAUGUGAGCCGCUUUACAAAAGCAGAACUACAAAAAGCUAGUGAGGGACACAAAGACAUUUGCUUCCUAGUUACUUCCAUUGCCUUUGUUCAAGUGAGAACACAUUUGCGAUCAUAUAAGGAACAGUUAGUAAUGAGGAUCGUUACAUGUGUAACGUAAUACAAGUCUCUUGGGAGGUCUCACAAAACCACUGAAAAAAAAGAUUAGCAGAAAGACACAUUUCAGUGUAUAGUGUUACUGUACUUCUGAGGAAAUGGACUGUGGAAGUGAAUUCUGCAUCAAGGAGCAUUUUACAUUUUCACAUUCCAUUUAUACAUUGCUUUUUGUUUGUCAGUUCACAUGUUCUAAACUUAUUUCUUGCUUCCAAUUUGUGAAAUGAAAAUACUACGAAAAGGGAAGAUAUAACAUUCUGAAAAAAUAAGAUUAUAUAUUUUUAUAUAUGUAUUAGGGCUGUCAGUUAAUCACAGUUAACUUCUGCGAUUAACUCAUUUUUUGGGAGGUACAUUUUUUUUAACGCAUGUUAAAUUGGACUCAUGUUUUGUCCCUCUUAGCAUACCGUAAUUAAUUUCCUGCUGAACCAUUUUAAUGUCAUGGAAUGGCAUUAUGUAGCAAUGCACUCAAACUGAAGGACUUGUGAAUGGGACGUUUAUUUUUUUUAAAUACUUUCUGACAGUGCAUUGGAUAGAAA